AUGUUGGAAGCGGACAGUGUUGAACCACCGAAGGAAACUAUUACAAACGAACUUUCGAUCUUGUCAAACAAUAUUACGAAUUGUCUUUCAGCGGUUUCAUUAAAGCUUGGCUGUAACACAGAGACGGUAAGUUGUGUUGAAGAGUGCGUUAUUGCCGCUGAAGAGUUGUACACAUUGGGCGGAUUGAAGAAUUCGUUAAACAGAAAAAAGAACAACUAA